AUGUUCUGGCUGACGGCUGCCAUGCGACCCCGCUUCCUUAUUACGCUGGAUGAAUCACUUGAAAUCCUGCCUGUUUCCGUACGCGUGGGCAAGGCGGUGGAUGUGGUGGGCCAGGCAGGUAAGCCACGUACCAUUUCCGGGUUCCAAACCCAUACGACUCCAGUCCGACUUGGUUCUCGCGAGCGUGGGGUUAUUGCAACGGAAGAAUAUCUAUCCUACACACCCAUUAUGGAGGGCUUUGCGGUGCUCCGCAAGAAUCCUGGAAGCGAGCCUGCUAUGUAG